CGGCGCCGAAACACUGAGCGAAGGAAAGGAGUGCGCCUGCGCUGGAUGGAGCAUGUGCCGUUUGGGGGCGAAGUGAGAAGGAGCCGUCUCCAGGGGCAACGGUCACAGUGAAGGAGCGGGCAAAGGCGACAACUGCGUGAACAGAACCACUGAGGAGGCCUGGGCCUAGGGCUAGGCAUCGAGUCAGUGCCUUUAAACAAAGGUUGUCUGGAUGACAUGGCGGUCUGGGUUUUUUGUAACUACUGUUUUCAACAGCCCAAAGCAAAUAGCUGCAGAUUUGUCCUGACCACUUGCGGACAUGUUGUCUGUGAAUCUUGUCUCAGCAAAGGAAAUAUGGACAUAUGCUGUGUAUGCAAAGCACGUUGUCACACUUUAUUUCUCUCAGAUAAGAUGGAUCCAGAUCUCAAGGCACUUUUUACGCAGCCAGAGAAGAUUUGUGAAAGAUAUUUAAAAGAAUUUGUACAGAUUAUGGAUUUCCAGGAGAAACACAGAAGACAUUUAUGUGCAAAUGAGAUAGAAGAGCAUGCAAAAUUGAAAGCAUAUGUACAGCAUAUGACCCAGAGAAAAGAACAAUUUCAAUGUGAAAUUAUGGAAAUGAAGAACUACAUUGCAAAACUAGAAAGCUCUUUGCAUCAAAGACAACAAACAUCACGGUUGCCUACGCCAUCUUCCGUAAGGGAAUCCGUUUCAACACCUUUAAUGAAGUCAGGGAUGUACUCUUCAGUUCCACAAUCAAGACCAACCACAACUGAAAUGUCACACAAAAUGGAGAUUGACGCAAGACCGAGUCCAUCUGCAAAGAUACAAUCCGAUGCAUCAAUAGGUCCAGCCAGACUAUCAGUAAUAAGCCCACCUCAAGAUGGCCGAAUGGGUACUGUGCCUUACAGAGGAACGAAUAAAGUAGGAACUUUUCGGACCUCAGGUCUCUCAACACCAGUGCAACAAAUUGGGCUUUCAGGCUCCCGGUCAUCUGCUGUUCUGAGUCAAGGGGAAGGAAGAUCCCGGGACACAUCAAGUUAUAGAAAUGUACAAUCCUAUCCUCCAACACAGUCUUCAUCGCAGUCAUCCAUCUCAAGGCCUCUCCACCUGAUUGGAAAGCUGGGUCUGCUGGGCCUAAAUAUCUCCCUUUGUAACUGGUUCCUGGACUUCUUGACUGGGAGACCGCAGUCAGUCCGGAUUGGGAACAGCAUCUCCAACACCAUCAGACUUAGCACAGGGGCGCCCCAGGGCUGUGUGCUCAGUCCACUGCUGUUCACCCUGCUUUGCAGCAAUGCACAGCUCGAAUCACAUCAUCAAGUUCGCUGA